AUGCGGAAUUUACAGAAGGACAAUGACGACGACAUUUAUGAAGGCUUCGACAACCCCAUGACUUCAGCGAUGCAGUACAUGAAUUUCGAGUCGGCGCAAGGCGUGUCAGCUCCUAUGCAAGCAGCAUCGAUUCUUCGGGCGCAAGAGAAACGUCUGGGUACAUCGCGAUUGGGGACUGCGGCUCAGCGACAAGGGACUGCUCGCAUGGGGACGGCUAUGAGAGGCUAUCAAGGAGGAGAAGAAGCCAGACCCAUGACCUCGAUCAGAGCUGCUGGUUACACUUCACAGGGAAAACCAGGGUCGGCAGGGAUGAAUGCGUUUGCGAGUGCCGGCGGAGGAUCGGCUCCUCCUCUGGAGAAGAAAGACGCUUCCUCGCCCGAGGACGAGGCAAGGGAGCUGGAGAAAAAGGUGAACAAGUUGUUAGAGGACAGUGCAAUAGCAAGGAGCGAGAACAAACUGCAGCUCGCCCUCGACCUGGCCAAGGAAGCAGCUCGCAAAGAAAGGCAGUUGGGAAAACUGAGGGAGCAGAAACAGCUCAUGGAUCAGAUGAACAUCGAUCUUACAUAUGCGGUUUACUUCAACCUCGCUAGCCAGCUGGAAGCAAACGAAUAUUGGCCUGAAGCUCUCAACUCUUACUCUCUCAUCGUCAAGAACAAGCAGUACGCGAAUGCAGGACGUCUGAGGAUCAACAUUGGCAACAUCUACUUCAAGCAGCAGAAAUAUCCAGCAGCUAUCAAGAUGUAUCGGAUGGCUCUUGACCAGAUCCCACACUCAGGAGAACACUUGCGGUUCAAGAUCAUGCGCAACAUCGGCAAUGCUUUUGUUAGGAUGGGAAAUUACCAGGAUGCGAUCAUGUCAUAUGAAGCCAGCAUGGAGGGAAAACCAGAUUUCCAGUCUGGCUUCAACCUCAUCGUCUGUUACUUUGCCUUGGGAGACAGAGAAAAGAUGAAGCGAAGCUUCGCAAAGCUGCUUGACAUCAAGGAUUCCAACUUUGGUGAGGAGAAUGAUGAUGAUGAGGCCAACGAAGACGAGGAUGAGGACGAAGCUGUGAUGGAGGAGGAUGAGCUGAAGAAAGCGCACAAGGAGUAUCGAUCAAAGGCGAAGCAUCUUGUGCUGCAGGCAGCAAAGCUCAUUGCUCCGAAGAUCGAGAAAGACUUUGUCGCUGGGUUUGACUACAUCAUCGAGAUGCUGCAGAAGAGCCAUAACUACAUGGACGUUGCGAGCGACAUGCAGAUCUCAAAAGCGAUCUACUUCUUGAAGCAGAAGAAUUCCAAAGACGCCAAAGACAGCCUCAUCGCAUUUGAAAAGCAAGACAACAACGAAAUCGAUGCCACGACCAUGAGCAGAGCUUACACCAACCUCUGCUUCAUCUACUUCCUGGAGGGAAACAUCAAGGAGGCAGAUAAGUACGGCACUAAAGCCAUUCAGUCUGAUAGAUACAACGCCAAGGCCCUUGUAAACAAGGGCAACUGUGAGAUGAACAAGGCCUACGCGUAUGAGGAGAAGGAGAAGUACGACGAAGCGAGAGAGCACUUCACCAUGGCCAAGGAGCUCUACAUGGAGGGCAUCGGGGUUGAGGCGGACUGCAUAGAAGCGAUCUUCAAUUUGGGUCUCUGCUGCAAGAGCAUGGCGCAUCUCGAGCACAUGCUUCAGAACGACUUGGACUACCAGAAGAACAUCCGGGCGGCCCUGCAGGCCUUCGAGAAGCUCUACUCCAUCAUGCCGGACUCCCCCGAGUGCAACUACAACAUCGCAGUCAUCUACGACGAGCUGCAGAAGACUAAGAAAGCCUCCGUCGCAUACCAGAGGCUCAUCGCCCUGGUCAAGACGGAUGCUGGCGUGCUUGCUCGCUACGGCAGUCUGCUGGCGAGAGAGGACGACGAGGCGGCGGCGUACGAGAACCAUCACGAGUCGUACAAGUUCUUCCCCGUCGACAUGGAGGUCAUCUCUUGGCUCGGCGCCUACUUUGUCAAGUCGGAGAUGUACGAGAAGGCCAUGGAGUACUUCCAGAAGGCCGCGCAGAUUCAGCCCAAGGAGGUCAAGUGGCGGCUCAUGGUGGCCUCCUGCUACCGGCGCAUCGGCUCCUACCAGCUGGCGCUGAGGACAUACGAGGAGAUUGAGAAGUCUCAUCCCGACAACCUCGAGUGCCUGAACUACCUGGUGAGGCUCUGCAAGGAGCUGGGGAUGAAGGACAAGAAGGAGGAGUACCAGAGCAAACUGGCCAGGGCCGAGCAGGAGCAGGCGAAGCUUGCGUCCAUGAGAACGAUGCAGGACGUGUCGAGCAUGCAUGCUCAGCAGGAGUUCAAUGGAGGAGGAAGCCGUCGGGACGAGGGAUAUGUAGGCUACGGAGAAUUCCAUGCUCGAGCACCGGAGACAGACUCGCUGAUGCAGCAGGGGCAGAUGGACGCGGCUGCUGAGGUUGCUCGAGCCGUCGCGGAGCGGCAGGCGGCAGGAGGAGCCAAGAAGGUGAUCAGCAAAGCCAAGAAGGAAGAGGACGACGACUGGGGCGACGAGGAGCUGGGAGAAGAUCUGCUGCCGAUGUGA